UAAUGCUGUUUUGGGAUAAAAAUCAGCCGUGUGAUAGCUAUUUAACUUGAUGUGCCCACAACAUGUAACAAAGUUCGGGAACGUUUAGCUAAGUUAGGCUCCCGGUUUAAGAAAAUUUCUUAAGAAAAAUAUUCAACCCAGAAAACUUUGGACUAACUUUGCCCCACGAAAAUGGUGAGCCUCGGCGCUGUGAAUUCAUAGACACCUUCAAAUCUUGACUUCAAGUUAUGAGCGGGCUACUGGAAACUGGAAGUUCACCAUCGGAAGUGGACAGUUUGGACUUGGAUGAAGAUUCCAGCCUGGAGUGUAGUAUUGUGAAUGAACUCAUCGAUGAGGCCAUCGUUGGUGUUUGUUUAGACAUUCAUCGUUCCAUCAAACAAGGAGUGUACAGUGUCCUGGAGCAAUCUGAUGAAAAAAUUAUGAAACAGUUUGAAGUGGUGGACCGUGAUGGUCUUGAUGUGUUUGGGCAAGGACCAUUAAAGAAACAGGUUGAGUGUGUGUGUCCCAGCUGUCAGAGGAACAUGGCUGCCAACAGAUUUGCCCCUCACUUAGAGAAAUGCCUGGGAAUGGGUCGUAACAGCAGCCGACUGGCCAGUAGGAGGCUUGCAACUACAGGUAAACUGAUUGAUGGAGAUGAUGAUGAUGACAACUACUUUGAUGACGACUGGACGUGGAAUUCAGAUAGAAAACCAGGAAAGAAGAAUAAGAGAGACAGGGGAAAUUCACCCAGAAGAGCAAAAGCCCCGAGAAAGAAUGGUGAAGUUGGUACACCACGUCCAGGCACACCUAGUUCUGUUCACAGUGGCGAGUUGCCAGCAACAAGGACUGGGCUCACUGUGGCUGCCUUUGAACCCCUUGGAAAUGAUGAGAAGAAGAACCUUCUUUCCCAGACAUGUGGUGUAAUAUCUGAACAUACAGCUCGCAUGUGCACAAGAUCUCAUCGAUGUCCGCAGCAUUCAGACGAACAGAGACAGAAUGUCCGUCUGCGACUUUUAGGUUAUGCAGACUUUGAACCCAUUGUAGGAAGGAGUUCAUUGGAAGCUGAUGAUGUGAUUGAUGUUGACAGUUAUGAGGAUGGUGAUGGGCAAGCUUUGAGAGAUACUUUAAACAGGUUGUCGUGGGAAGAGGAAUCAAAUGUUUCGACGGGCGACGACAACUCACCUGCUGCAUUUGGAAGCGUACCACUUUCGAAAAAGAAGAGAAAGAAAAAAGCAAAACACAAAAGACGUCCCAGAUGAACCGAGAAAUUGGCAAGGCUGUCUAUUAGUGCAAGACAAGUGCUGCUGACGUGACAUAGGUCUCCAUGUUUCACCAGCGAGUGCCGGAUGCUGUUUUUGGAAUUAGUAUGCGUAUUUAAUUUGUUGCAAUGAUUUCUGAAUUCCGACUGAUAAAGCAUUGGCUGUGCAACCGAGGAGGCAAAUUUUAGUUUUGGUCGGCCAUUCAACCGUUCCCGGAUUUGAAAAAGGCCUGCGUUUGGCCGCAAAGUCUUUUCGCCUUUUCUCGUCACAUUUCACGUAAGUGACAAAAAAGAUAUUGGUGGCGCCAAAAGUGUUUUCUGGAACCUUGUUCUCGAUCGAUUUUCUCUAUCAGUGGUUGUUUUGACUCACAGACGUUGGUUCUUUGGAAACUUAGAAUCGGUGUGAUAAGUUGAGUCACUUUGAGCGUGAUAAAGAUUGUCUUUCAUUGAGAAACACCGUAAAAUAACUUUCCCAAAGAAGAAAAAUUACGUAAACUACUGGAAUAUACCAUAAAAGAACAAGGAUGUUAAAGCAUGGUGAAGAUUAGCACGGAUUGAAAAUGAAAAACAGAGACAAACAGACAGAGACUUUCGGGUUCAGAAGUUCGGGUAUUCUCAAGUUACUGAGACUAAAGAGUGAUAGUGCGCUUUUCUACGGAGUGUCGUUCGUAAAACCAAAUAAUCUCAACAACCAAUCACAACAAAGCAGAAAUCCUAACGAGCCAAUGAGAACUCGCGCUUAAACGCACACAAACAAACUGCCUUUAGCGCGGGAAAACGAUAUUGACCGAGUCGCGGUUGGUUUAUAGACUGAGUGGCGCGAAAUUUAGAGCGUUUUUCGAUUAAAGUGUACCUAAACCCAAAACUUUUUUUUCGCUUAACGAAAUGAGCUUAUUUUUUGGAGUAUUUCUAUGCAAAAAA